AUGGCCAGUGUCAUCCUGGAGAGCAUCUUCUUGAAGCGCUCGCAGCAGAAGAAGAAGACAUCUCCCCUCAACUUCAAGAAGCGCCUGUUCCUGCUGACAGAGAGCAAGCUGGCCUACUACGAGUACGACUUUGAGCGGGGGCGCCGGGGCAGCAAGAAGGGCUCAGUGGACAUUGAGAAGAUCACCUGUGUGGAGACAGUGGUGCCUGAGCACAACCCUCCCCCUGAGCGGCAGGUCCCGAGAAAAGGAGAGGAUUGCACCAACAUGGAGCAGAUCUCCAUCAUCGAACGGUUCCCUUACCCCUUCCAGGUGGUCUAUGACGAAGGGCCCCUCUACGUCUUCUCCCCGACGGAGGAGCUGCGCAGGCGCUGGAUCCAUCAGCUGAAGAGCGUGAUCCGGUACAACAGUGACCUGGUACAGAAAUACCACCCCUGCUUCUGGAUCGACGGCCAGUACCUGUGCUGCUCCCAGACAGCCAAGAAUGCCAUGGGCUGCCAGAUCCUGGAGAGCAGGAAUGGCAGUUUAAAAGUUGGGCGGUCGCAUCGCAAGACAAAGAAGCCUCUUCCCCCCACUCCUGAGGAGGACCAGAUGAAGCCGCUGCCUCCCGAGCCGGCCCCCAGCACAGCGGGCGAGAUGAAGAAGGUGGUGGCCCUGUACAACUACCUGCCCAUGAACGCGCAGGACCUGCAGCUGCAGAAGGGCGAGGAGUACCUCAUCCUGGAGGAAAGCCACCUGCCCUGGUGGAAAGCCCGUGACAAGAACGGAAGGGAAGGAUACAUCCCCAGCAACUAUGUCACUGAAACCAGCAAUUCCCUGGAGAUCUUUGAGUGGUACUCAAAGAACAUCACCCGGAGCCAAGCAGAGCAACUGCUCAAACAGGAGGGUAAGGAAGGAGGCUUCAUUGUCCGAGACUCCACCAGCAAGACAGGGAAAUACACUGUGUCUGUCUAUGCCAAGUCCUCUGUAGACCCCCAAGGCAUGAUCCGCCACUAUGUUGUGUGCUGCACCCCCCAGAACCAGUAUUACCUGGCAGAAAAGCACGUGUUCAACACCAUCCCGGAGCUCAUCACCUACCACCAGCACAACUCUGCCGGGCUCAUAUCCAGACUCAAGUACCCCGUGUCUCAACACCAGAGAAGUGCUCCUUCCACAGCAGGUCUCGGCUAUGGGUCGUGGGAGAUUGACCCAAAGGAUCUGACCUUCCUGAAGGAACUGGGGACGGGGCAGUUUGGUGUGGUCAAGUACGGCAAGUGGAGAGGCCAGUACAACGUUGCUAUCAAGAUGAUCAGGGAGGGCUCCAUGUCAGAGGACGAGUUCAUCGACGAAGCCAAAGUCAUGAUGAACCUGUCUCAUGAGAAGCUCGUGCAGCUCUAUGGGGUCUGCACCAAACAGCAUCCCAUCUUCAUCAUCACCGAGUACAUGGCCAAUGGCUGCCUCCUGAACUUCCUGAAGGAACCUCGGCGGCGGUUCCAGCCUGCCGAGCUGCUGGAAAUGUGCAAGGAUGUCUGUGAAGCUAUGGAGUACCUGGAAUCCAAGCAGUUCCUGCACCGGGACCUGGCUGCUCGCAACUGCUUGGUGAACGAGCAAGGAAUUGUGAAAGUAUCGGAUUUUGGCCUUUCCAGGUAUGUUCUUGAUGACGAGUAUACGAGCUCCAUGGGGUCCAAGUUCCCAGUGCGGUGGUCUCCCCCUGAAGUGCUCCUGUACAGCAAGUUCAGCAGCAAGUCCGAUGUCUGGGCUUUCGGCGUCCUGAUGUGGGAAGUUUACUCCCUGGGGAAGAUGCCUUACGAGAGGUUCAACAACAGCGAGACAACGGAGCACGUCAUCCAGGGGCUGCGCCUCUACCGCCCGCAGCAGGCUUCGGAGCGGCUCUACGCCAUCAUGUACAGCUGCUGGCAUGAGAAGCCGGAGGAGCGUCCCACGUUCUCAGCGCUGCUGGCCAGCAUCCUGGACACCACGGACGAGGAGCCCUGACCGCGGGCUGGUACCACGGGGCUGCUGCAGCGGGACACGGAACCCGAGGGCCCCUCAC